AUGAAAUUCGGUAAGACCUUUGUGUCCCAUCAGAUUCCUGAAUGGUCGCCCUACUACAUGAACUAUAAGCAUUUGAAGAAAGUGAUCAAGACCAUCGAUACAUUCAUCAAUUACCAUUCGUUCAAUGCUUUGGAGCUUCCUGAGCUCAUCUCCUCGGUGCUUUCACAGUUCUUCUUUGAGUUGGAUAGAGAUAUCGAAAAGGUGUCUGAAUUCUUCAAUUCCAAGUUCAGUGAGUACCAGAGAAGAUCUGCUCGAAUUAUUCACGUGGUUGGCUACGCUAAUGGGAGAAUCACCCACCAGGUCGAUACCACCGAUGAGUUAGAUGAGAUUGUGUCGAUUUUGCUCGAGUUGAGAACAAUCUACCGGAAUUUAAAGUGGUUUGGCGACCUCAAUCACAAGGGCUUCAUCAAGAUCUUGAAAAAGCUCGAUAAAAAGUUGCUGUAUCUCACCACGUUGGCCAAUGAUCAAUUGCACCACGACAAUCCUGACCAAAAGGACUUGCCAGUGAUCAACUUGCCUAACAACAACAAGGAAACGUAUCUUACAACACGUGUGGAUGCCUUGCCAUUUGCCAACGAAAGUGAACUUUUGUCGGCAUUGGACACCAUCAACAGCAUCUUGAACCAGUUGGGCGAGCAGCAGUUGGAGCUUGAAAAUUAUCUUGAAGAGGUUGAAGCUAAGCAGGGCACCUUGGACAAUGUUACCGCGAAUGUAAAUACGCUCAAGAUCGGCAACAAGAGGAAGUACUCGUUUGAUAAGGAGUCUUUGGAGGGAUUCUAUGAUCUCAUCUAUCAAAAUCGUGCAGAUGAGCUUUUGGCCAAAUUGGAUAGUUUGGAUGCCAGAUCAAAGCUGUUGAAGCUUUUACUUUCACUUUUGAAUAGGGCCACUCUCACCGACUCCUUGGAAUGUAUCGACAUGUUGUUCGAUUACCUUGUGGAAUUUUCAAAGUCUUGCGAUCCUCCUGCCUCUCCUCUCUUUGAUUCCGACGACAUUAGUGGUAGAAACUUCUUCCACCAGCAUGUGGUUUCUUUGGGCAAGAAGCAGCUCAUCAAGGAACAGCAGCUGGUGACUCCUGGUGAGUCCAGUGAAAUCAACAGACUUUAUGGCAACAAAAGUGGGCCUGAUGGCAUUCAGCUAACUCCCGUUCGAGUUGAAGGUUUAGUACACAUUUUGUCCAAGAUGGACAACUAUCCGGAAUAUCAGGAUAUGUUGAUGGGCAGAGAUUCUUACUUCAGGACGCCAUUGCACUAUUCUGCACAAUAUGGAAUUAAAGAUGUGGCCAAAAUCAUCUUCGAGUACUUGUUGAAAUGGAAGUUGGUUGAACCUCUGACGCCCAUUGACUUGGUACUGUUGUGGGGAGAUCAAGAAGGUCUCACACCUUUGCACCUUGCGAUUAUUGGAAAACAUCCCAAGACAUGUCUCAACUUGCUCGCUUUUUCACAGACAAUGCUCUCGUGUCCAAAUCUUGUUUUGUUGGCAACAAGAUUGAAAUGCGAUGAGAUUGUGAAAAGCUUGGUGGAGUCCAGAUUGGUUGAUGUCAACUUCACAGACUCGGAGGAUAACAAUGAAACUGCUCUUUACAUUGCCUCCAAACUGAACCUCAAGGAAUUGGUAAAUUACUUAUUACUGAGAGGUGCUGAUACCGAACUCGGAGAGAAUGUGUUUGGCUGGACGCCUAUUUUUGCUGCUGCUGCUGAAGGGUACAAGGAGAUUGUCGAAGAGUUGAAAACUUUCGGUGCUAUGUACAAUUUGGUUGAUGACUCUGGCUGGCUUCCCAUGGAGCACGCCUCCUUGCGUGGACACUUGGAUGUUGCAGACUUAUUGAAACCUCUAGACGACAAUUUGCUCUUGUAUGACAUUGAUGACCCUUCCAAGAACACCCCAAGAGUGGCAAAUGCGCUGUCGCGGUCCAACUCAGCCGUGACUUCUCCAUUCUUGAACCCAACAAGCGAAGAAAUGCUUCUUUCCACGAGUUCCAUCGAUAAGCUUCCAGAACUGAACAGGUCUGCUGUCAAUGAAGUCUAUCGCCAGUUCAAGCAGUUAGACAAUGGGUCGCAAACUUCAGUGAAUUUACCUUCCAGUCCGAAUGGAAAUGGGGAUGCUUUGAGCAUGACUCCCCGGAACCCAUCUAGGUCAAGAUCACCUGUUAACAGAAGAAAGAUGAAACCAAUCAAAUCGUUUGGUCACCGUUACUUAACGAAAGAAGAACAGUUGAUUUUGAUCACCUUGGGAACAACCGACCUCAGAGACGAAACGAAACCGAUUGAUUUGAGCAAAAUCUCCAUGUCCAAGAGUUUCUUCACCGAAUUGGAUACGGCGCUUUCGCUUGUGAUUACCUGUCGCCAUAAAGUGACAAAAGUUGUCAUCGAGACCCCAGUCAUCGUGGAUUUGCCCUUAGAGGAUCAACAUGGAAGUGCAACUGACCCAAUAUCAUUCAAAUUGAUCAAUGGAUUACAGUCGUCGGAGGUUUUUGUGACAUUUGACAUUGUACCCACAUACCAGUACCCAGCCAGCACUUUGAGCUCCAAAAACAAAGAGAAAAUUUUGGGCAGAGGAGUUGCUAUGCUUAACAACGCCUACACUAAAGUGGGCAACAACUUGCGUUCAUUACACAACACAAUCACUAUUCCUAUCAUCGAGCAAGCUUCUCUUGACGUGUUGGGAACCUUAAACUUCGAGUAUUUGUGCGUUACUCCCUUUGUACAUCCUCAGAUGUCGAUCACCAGAUCUGACACAUAUUGGAAACAGUUAGUUUCGACGAGAGUCAUCGGACACAGAGGAUUGGGAAAGAAUAUGAACAACAGAAAAUCGUUGCAAUUGGGAGAAAACACAGUAGAGUCGUUCAUUGCUGCUGCCUCCUUGGGUGCUUCUUAUGUCGAGUUUGAUGUGCAACUUACGAAGGAUUUUGUUCCAGUAAUUUACCACGACUUCUUAGUUGCUGAAUCUGGUGUUGAUAUCCCCAUGCACUCGUUAACUGCCGAGCAAUUCUUAGGACUCAGUGAGCAAGAAGGUUCACAGAAGCACAGUUCGAUCUUCAAGUAUGACAAGGUGAAUGGAAAUGCCAAUGUGUCAAAAAACUUUGCCAUGGAUGACGAGCUUUUGGGUAAAUACAACCGUCCUAGACUGAUGUCAUCUUAUCCGUCAGCACCCAACUUCUCAUCGCACAUUGAAGAUGAAGAGUUGGAUCGUGAGUUUCAGGACCAGAUGUUCAGGAGAAUGAAGCUUACCAAGACUUGGAAAGAGAAAGGGUUCAAAGGAAAUGCUAGAGGAUUAUCAGUUGCAUCCAACUUUGUGACAUUGAAAGAGCUUUUCAAGAGAUUACCCAAGAAUGUUGGAUUCAAUAUGGAACUCAAGUAUCCUAUGUUGGAUGAAGCCGAACAAGAAAGUAUGGGAGAAGUUGCUUUUGACAUGAACUUCUAUGUGGAUACCAUUUUGAAAACGGUUUACGACGAGAACACUACAGGCAGAGACAUCUUGUUUUCGUCGUUCCACCCAGAUAUUUGUCUGUUGUUGUCCUUGAAGCAGCCUACGAUGCCUAUUUUGUUUUUGACCGAGGCUGGAACUCAGUAUAUGGCCGAUAUCCGUGCGUCAUCAUUGCAAAAUGCGAUCAGGUUUGCUAAGAAGUGGAACCUUUUAGGUAUUGUGAGUGCAGCCAAAACUUUGGUCAAGACGCCCAGAUUGGCACAGGUGGUCAAAAGCUCUGGAUUGGUUUGUGUUACUUACGGAGUGGAAAACAACUCUCCAGAUUUGUGUAAGAUCCAAAUGAAGGCCGGUGUGGAUGCUGUUAUCGCCGAUUCGGUUUUGGCAGUGCGUGAGGGCAUGAGAAAGGAGGAGGGAAAAGAGGAGAUUGCAAUUUAG